AUGGUUUGGGAGAAGUUAAUGGACAUUGGUUCUUUCCGUAUCGAUCCUUGGUUCAUGAUUGGUGACUUCAAUGAACUUGUUGGAAAUCAUGAGAAAAGGGGUGGGGCUUUACGGCCAGCGUCUUUGUUUGUCCCCUUUCAAUCAAUGAUUAGGCAUUGUGGUAUGCUUGAAUUCCUGUGUUAUGGGGAGCAAUUAUCGUGGAGAAGUAAUCGGUGUAAUAAUCAGGUGGUCCGGUGCCGCUUGGAUCGGGCCUUAGGGAAUGAAGAUUGGCAAAACUUUUUCCCAAAUUCGAAGGUUGAUUACUUGGAGAUGAUUGGGUUAGAUCACUGUCCUAUUUUGGCCACUUGUCUGAAAUCAUCCUCAAGACGGAAUAGGCAGUUCCGAUUUGAUAAGCGUUGGCUGGGAAAGGAUGGACUACUAGGGGCGGUAGAGUCAGGAUGGGUGCGUACAAAUAAUUUUCGGAUUCCGACUUUUGUGGAUAAAGUUAGGAAUUGUCGAAAUUUGGUUUCGUGGUGGCGAAAGAAUAAUGUGAUUUCUGGUCCGACCCUUAUUUCUUCCCUGAAGGCAGCUUUGCAGGAGGCAAAGAUGGAUGACCAGAUUUCUCAGGAGGAGAUUCGGGAUAUAGAGAGAAAACUUAAAGAGGCUUAUAGGGAUGAGGAGUUGUACUGGCAACAGAAGAGUAGAAAAUUCUGGUUACGUGUGGGAGACAAAAAUACCAAAUAUUUUAAUGGUUUGACUAAGCAGAGGAGGGUACGUAAUAAAAUUGUAGGUUUAUUUGGUCCGGAUAACGUCUGGGUUGAGUCGCCCUUGGGAAUGGAGACUAUUGCGUCCAAUUAUUUUGAGGAGUUGGUUAAACGAUCGGAUAUAAGUGGUAUAACAGACAUACUUCAGGAGAUUUCUCCUAUAAUUACAGAUGGUAUGAACAGGAGUUUAACUAGGGAAAUUACGGAGGCGGAGGUUCGGAAAGCCUUAUUUGCUAUGCAUCCAGAGAAAUCCCCAGGUCCUGAUGCUUUCUUUGGUCAACAAGUGGUUUUCUUGUCUUUUGUUUAUGGGGAUCCAAUUCCGCAGAAUUGGAUAAUGGUUUGGGAGAAGUUAAUGGACAUUGGUUCUUUCCGUAUCGAUCCUUGGUUCAUGAUUGGUGACUUCAAUGAACUUGUUGGAAAUCAUGAGAAAAGGGGUGGGGCUUUACGGCCAGCGUCUUUGUUUGUCCCCUUUCAAUCAAUGAUUAGGCAUUGUGGUAUGCUUGAAUUCCUGUGUUAUGGGGAGCAAUUAUCGUGGAGAAGUAAUCGGUGUAAUAAUCAGGUGGUCCGGUGCCGCUUGGAUCGGGCCUUAGGGAAUGAAGAUUGGCAAAACUUUUUCCCAAAUUCGAAGGUUGAUUACUUGGAGAUGAUUGGGUUAGAUCACUGUCCUAUUUUGGCCACUUGUCUGAAAUCAUCCUCAAGACGGAAUAGGCAGUUCCGAUUUGAUAAGCGUUGGCUGGGAAAGGAUGGACUACUAGGGGCGGUAGAGUCAGGAUGGGUGCGUACAAAUAAUUUUCGGAUUCCGACUUUUGUGGAUAAAGUUAGGAAUUGUCGAAAUUUGGUUUCGUGGUGGCGAAAGAAUAAUGUGAUUUCUGGUCCGACCCUUAUUUCUUCCCUGAAGGCAGCUUUGCAGGAGGCAAAGAUGGAUGACCAGAUUUCUCAGGAGGAGAUUCGGGAUAUAGAGAGAAAACUUAAAGAGGCUUAUAGGGAUGAGGAGUUGUACUGGCAACAGAAGAGUAGAAAAUUCUGGUUACGUGUGGGAGACAAAAAUACCAAAUAUUUUAAUGGUUUGACUAAGCAGAGGAGGGUACGUAAUAAAAUUGUAGGUUUAUUUGGUCCGGAUAACGUCUGGGUUGAGUCGCCCUUGGGAAUGGAGACUAUUGCGUCCAAUUAUUUUGAGGAGUUGGUUAAACGAUCGGAUAUAAGUGGUAUAACAGACAUACUUCAGGAGAUUUCUCCUAUAAUUACAGAUGGUAUGAACAGGAGUUUAACUAGGGAAAUUACGGAGGCGGAGGUUCGGAAAGCCUUAUUUGCUAUGCAUCCAGAGAAAUCCCCAGGUCCUGAUGGUAUGAUGGCUUUAUUUUUUCAACGUUUCUGGCCAUCUUUAAAAGGAGAUCUGGUAGCUUUGGUUAAGGAAUUUUUUAGAACGGGUGGCUUUGAUCCUCGCCUUAAUGAGACUAAUAUUUGUCUCAUCCCUAAGGUGGAGCGACCGCAACGUAUGACGGAAUUUCGGCCAAUUAGCCUCUGUAAUGUGAGUUAUAGGAUUAUUUCAAAAGUUUUAUGUUUCAGGUUAAAGCGGUUUUUACCGUCUCUGGUUUCAGAAAUGCAAUCGGCCUUUGUGUCCGGUCGGCUGAUCACCGAUAGUAUUUUUGUUGCCCAGGAAAUGUUUCAUGGGUUAAAUACUAACCAACGCUGCAAAUCAGAGUAUUUGGCUUUUAAAACAGAUAUGAGUAAAGCGUAUGACCGCGUAGAAUGGGAUUUUCUGGAGGCGGUUAUGACCAAAAUGGAUUUUCAUAGGCGGUGGAUUGCAUGGGUUAUGUGGUGUGUUUCUUCGGUUUCGUAUCAAGUUCUUCUAAAUGGUCAACCUCGGGGAUCCAUUCUACCUAAGAGGGGUUUACGACAGGGCGACCCUCUUUCUCCCUAUUUGUUUAUUCUUUGUACAGAGGUUCUGAUUACUAAUAUUAAAAAGGCUGAACGGGAGAAGAGACUUACGGGAAUAUCGAUUGCUCGGGAUUGCCCUUCGAUUUCGCAUUUGUUGUUUGCAGAUGAUAGUCUGUUCUUUUGUAAGGCAGAGGAGUCUGAAUGUAGAGUGGUUAUGGAUAUUAUAGGUAACUAUGGAAAAGCGUCGGGCCAAGAGGUAAGUUUAGAGAAAUCAUCCAUUAUGUUCGGUAAGAAAGUUCCGCCGGAUGUAAGGUCUCGGAUAAAAACAGUAAUUGGAAUUUCUAGAGAGGGUGGAAUGGGUUCUUACAAGGGUAUUCCUGAAAAUAUUCAGGGUUCAAGGACUAAAGUUUUUAGUUAUGUUAAUGACCGCUUAGAUGAGCGAGUUAAUGGCUGGUCGGCGAAGAUUUUAUCAAAAGGAGGUAAAGAGGUUAUGAUCAAAUCAGUUGCGUUAGCUCUCCCGACUCAUGUUAUGUCAUGUUACAAACUGCCACAGGCAUUAACGUCCAAACUUACGUGUGCUAUAUCAAACUUUUGGUGGAAGUCUAAUGAUAAGGCUAGAGGUAUGCAUUGGGUAGCGUGGGAUAAGAGGUGUCUAGAUAAAUGUGAUGGGGGUUUGGGGUUCCGGGCCCUGGAAGAAUUUAAUGAUGCAAUGUUAGCUAAGCAGUAUUGGAGGCUGAUACAUUACCCGAAUUCUUUAAUGGCUCGGGUGAUGCGCGGUCGAUAUUUCAGGAAAAAACAUCCUUUGUUGGCGUCUAAACCAAACUCUCCAUCCUUUGCGUGGAGGAGCAUUUUUUCGACUAAGGGAUUAGUGGAACGAGGGGCAAGGUGGAUAGUAGGAUCGGGCCGUGAUAUUUUGGUAUGGAGGGAUCCUUGGAUUCCGGAUCAUCAGCCACGACCAGCGAAUGGUCGGGAGAGAGUUCUACUUCCUAAUCUGCGCGUCAACCAUCUGAUUAAUCCCCUUACAAUGGACUGGCAUCUGCCUACUCUUCAGGAGUUUGUGGAUCCGGAGGAUAUUCCACUCAUACGGAGUAUGGCGGUCAGUAAGUCUUUGAGGCCAGAUAGACUGGUUUGGCAUUAUACUAAGUCCGGUAAGUAUUCAGUGAGAUCUGGUUACAGGUUAGCACGGGAAUUACAAAAGGUUGUCGAAUACGGACCGACGUGCACAGCUUUGCGGGCUCAAGCUUGGAAACUUGAGGUUUCCUCAAAGGUACAACAUUUUUUCUGGCAGGUGGCGUCUGGGUCUCUUCCCGUGAAGGAACGGAUCGCUCAUAGGGGCAUUCGGUGUGAUGUUACGUGUCAACGGUGUGGUUCUGCGGUAGAGACUAUCAACCAUGCUCUUUUUGAGUGUGCACGUUCGCGUAUGGUUUGGGAAUUAUCUCCGGUCCAGCUGUCUUUGACUGGUUUCCCUUUUGGAUCUGUGUAUUCAAAUUUAAAUUUCCUAUAUUCCAACACCUUCUCUCAUUCGGGGGGUCCUGGUGUUGGUUAUUUGUUGCCUUGGAUUUUGUGGACUAUUUGGAAAAAUAGGAGUAAGAUGGUUUUUCAAGGGAUAGAGGCAGAGCCAAAUGAUAUUAUUAAUCAGGCGUCAACUGAUAAGCUCCUGUGGGAGGAGGCGAAGCCUGGUUCUGAGAAUUUCAUAGUUCCCCAGUCUUCUAUGGUGGAAAGAAAUUCUUUGACUCGCUGUCAGGUUGACGGUUCCUAG